AUGUCCAGUCCUCAUUUAUCUCAACAGACCCUGCCCUCGUGGUCUGCUCAUUCACAUAGCGCUAUCUUCAGCCAUUACUUGGUGCCCUCCAUUACAUUGCAUGCUAGCUGCAAUUUUUGGUUCUCCGCAACCUUGAAGGAUUCCUGCAAUCACAGCCCUGUUCCCAUAUAUCAAUGUGCUUCAUCGACUCUGAAUAUUGAGGUGAGUCCUCAAAUUUGCCCUCCAGUCUCUGCACUCUCUCUGAAUUCUAGUGAUCGCACAGAGGGUGGUACCCAAUUAGCACUCUGGGAUGCACAACAGGCAACAAAGUGCAUGCAUCCACUUUCAGGACCUGCAAUAGCUGUGACAUCUGUUGGCCAAGAUACACAAGUGGAUCUCGAUGCUGCUGAUGGUUUCCAGGACACAUAUCUCAAACCCCUCAGGAUAUUUGAUGCUGUCAUUGGAGAGAUUGUGAAUGUAUGA